GUGAUAUUAUGGGACUGUCGACGUUCUUUCUCUGCUCUUGGAGAUGGUUGGCGAACCUCGUCUUGGUGGUAUCUGUAAUGGCGGGUGGGUUCGAAUCAAUUUCACUGUCGGAGCAUGGUCCCCUUCGACCCUUUGGAGAGACUCCAUUGAAGUCCACAAUUGACAGUUCAAGGUAGAGUUUUCAGAUAUUUUGUUUUUAGUCAAUUUUUCGAGUUGGAAACUUGUGGACAUUGAUCAAUGGCGGAGCGCGAAAAUCAUCUUCUUCGUCGUCGUCGUCUUCCCUUCCCUAUCAAGUCGCAACCCACUUGCGUCGCAAUGUUAUUUUUAUCUCUCUUGUUUGCGGUCGCCGAAUGCUUUCAAGGGUCGGAAGCAACGGACCGGGCAAGACGUUGUAGUAGCUCGCCGAGGACAACGUGGGGCUGCGUGAAUUGGGAUUGUGAUGGUUCAGGCAAUGGCUGCGUUCUGUUCUCCACUGAGUUCUCUGCCCCUCAAUGCCCGGUUCUCUUCGUUCACGUGCUCCUAUCGUCGGAGCUGGAAGCCGAUCGCGGGCAGCCGGUCGUCGACGACGACAUGGAAGCAUUCAAUGUUCGUCUGCACGAGGCCUGCGUUGAAAGACGGGGCUCUGAGCGUCGAUGGCAAGGAGGUGUUGACGGAAGUGCCGGAGAAUGUGGUGGUCACACCGCUGACGAAUUCGUCCGUAUUUGUCGGAGCUACUUCGAAUGUCGAGGGCUCGAGACAUGUUUUUAGGCUAGGAGUUAUUGAGGGCAUUAGGCUACUGUGCCUGUUUAGAUUCAAGAUGUGGUGGAUGAUACCUCGAGUUGGUGUUUCGGGGAGUGACAUUCCAGUAGAAACUCAGAUGUUGCUGCUGGAAGUAAGGGAGGAAUCAAUUUUGGAACCAUCUGAUGAGCCCAGUUACAUCCUCUUCUUGCCGGUUUUGGACGGCGAGUUCAGAAGCAGCUUGCAGGGGAACUCAGCAGAUGAACUCGAGCUAUGCAUAGAAAGCGGUGACCCUGCAAUAGUUACUUCACAGUCCCGAAAAGCUGUUUUUGUCAAUUAUGGAGAAAAUCCAUUCAACCUGAUGGAGGAAUCGAUGAAGUUCUUGGAGAAGGAGAUGGGAACAUUUGCGGUCCGAGAAAGGAAGCAGAUGCCUGGAAUUCUGGAUUGGUUCGGUUGGUGCACCUGGGAUGCCUUUUACCAAGAGGUUAAUCCUAAAGGAAUCAGACAGGGGCUUAAAAGUUUAUCUGAUGGAGGCACACCAGCAAAAUUUAUCAUAAUAGAUGAUGGCUGGCAAGAUACAAGUAAUGAGUUCCAAAAAGAAGGAGAGCCAUUUGUUGAAGGGUCCCAGUUUGGUGGCAGAUUAGUCAGCAUCAAAGAAAAUCAAAAGUUUCGAAGAACUGAAAAUGGAUCUCUUAGCGAGGCUCCUGCAGAUUUAAAGGAAUUUGUUUCGGACAUUAAGGGAACUUUUGGUCUUAAGUAUGUCUAUGUAUGGCAUGCUUUGAUGGGAUACUGGGGAGGCCUUCUUCCUGGAGCAGAAGCUACGAAAAAGUAUAAUCCAGUUUUAAAGUAUCCCAUACAGUCAUCUGGCAAUUUGGCAAAUAUGAGGGACCUUUCUAUGGAUGCUAUGGAGAAUUAUGGCGUAGGUGCAAUUGAUCCCGCUACAAUAUCUCAGUUCUAUGACGAUCUACAUAGCUACCUGGUUUCUCAGGGUGUGGAUGGAGUGAAGGUAGAUGUGCAGAAUAUUCUGGAAACAAUAUCAACAGAUCUAGGAGGUCGUGUUUCCCUUACCCGACAAUUCCAAGAAGCCCUUGAGGAGUCCAUAGCUGCCAAUUUCCAGGAUAACAGCAUCAUCUGCUGUAUGGGUCAGAGCACAGAUUCCAUUUACCAUUGUCAACAAAGUGCUAUAACACGAGCAUCUGAUGAUUAUUAUCCCCAAAAUCCGGCAACCCAGACUCUACACAUAGCUGCUGUGGCGUAUAAUAGCAUAUUUCUUGGAGAAGUAGUUGUUCCAGAUUGGGACAUGUUCUAUAGCCGCCAUGAUGCAGCUGAGUUCCAUGCUGUAGCUCGAGCAGUGGGAGGAUGUCCUGUCUAUGUAAGUGAUGAACCUGGAAACCAUGACUUCGAGAUACUUAAAAAGCUUGUGCUUCCUGAUGGCUCAGUGCUUAGAGCAAAAUACCCUGGCAGGCCAUCUCGAGAUUGCCUAUUCAUCGACCCAGUUAUGGAUGGGAAAAGUCUUCUGAAGAUUUGGAACUUGAACAAUUGUACCGGUGUUCUUGGCAUUUUCAAUUGCCAAGGAGCAGGAAGCUGGCCUUGCACUGACAAGAAAGUCAUUGAGGAUGCUGCUUCUGAGAUAUCUGCAUCAGUUUCUCCAUCUGAUGUAGAGUAUUUGGAAGAGGUUUCUGGGGAUUCAUGGGCCGGAGAUUGUGCAAUCUUUUCCUUCAAGACUGGCUCUGUACGUCGAUUGUCCGUGGAAGAGUCGAUGAAUGUCACCUUGAAGGUUUUAGAGUGCGACGUCUUAACCGUUUCUCCUAUUAAGGUUCACAAUCAGAAGGUUCAGUUUGCUCCAAUCGGAUUGAUAGACAUGUACAAUUCAGGAGGAGCCAUUCAAGCAGUCGAUAUUCGCAGCAAAUCUUCUGUUUCUGGAAUAACAAUCAUAGGGAGAGGACCGGGCACAUUUGGAGCAUAUUCCAGCAAAAGACCCAAAUCUUGCACUGUCAACUCGGGGGAGAGAGAGUUCGAAUAUGGAGAAGACAAGUUACUGAAAAUAAGAAUUCCAGCGAGAACUAGCUCUUGGGACAUUGUCAUCUCUUAUUGAGGUGAAUUCCUUUUGGUCCCGCAGUCUCGGAAAGUCUCGGAAGUACAUUAUCACAGAUUCACAUCCACCUCCAGCUAGUAUACAGAUUCGUGCUGGCAGGAAGAAACUUCGAAAUAGAUGGCCGGAAUGACGGGUGCAAUGGCAGCCGCCAUGGCAUAAUGAAACUUAUGGUGCUAUGGAAUAGAGGGAUUGUGUUGCAGUUGAUCAGAAGAAAGUAGAUAUUGCAUAUGAUGAAGCAGUCUAUACAGAAUUUACCCCUCAUGGAAUGGCAAUGUUCAUAGUGAGGUCAUAUGGUGCUUUUUUUAUUUUUUGGUUAACAUUAUUUUAAUUUAGUCAUCUACAGUUAAUCUCAUUGUCUCAAGAUGUGAUAAUCUGUAGAGGCCCCCUCUUUAUUGAAUGAUCAUAGCAGGACUGGAUUCUAUCAUCUUUAUCCAUUACUUCUAGUUGAUUUUU